AUGAAUUUUGACUCUGAGGCUCUCAAUUCCUCUUUUCCAACCUUGUGUCUCCUCCUUGUGGUGUUCAGCUCCUACCCCCAGCUAAGUGUCUGCAAGUUAUUUCUGGCUGCAGAAAUUGUCUUCAGGCAAAUGGAGAACCUGCUCUCUGGGAGAACAGUCAAAUCAGUCCCACGGCCCUCUUCUCCCCGCAAGAACUACUGGUUCCUUCCUUCAGAGGAAGAUGUGUUAUCCCUACCAGAAGUGGUGAGCGCCUGGAUUCCAAAAGGGUUAAGAAUUUGUAGACGUGACCUGCCUCAUUCUGAAGAACCUCGGCCCCGCAGGUAUAUGAAGCAAUUAAUUGCUCCACAAACCCUGAGAAUUUCAUCACGGGCCAGAGUAACGCUGAGGAGCUGUCCUCUCUUCUGCUCGAGUGUCUUCACUCUGGGGAUUCGGGCAGGCUGGUUUCCUGGACAGAUGUUUCUCAUCCACACCUGUGGACCUCAGGAAACCAAGGGGGACCUCUGCAGGCAUGGCCUUGAUUUCCUUUCCACCAAUGCCCAUGAGAUGUGGAAAUUGAAGGAACAUCCACACCAGGACCAUACACUGAAACAAGCAGGUCGGGGCAGGGAAACUCCAUCACAUCAUCAUGAGGAAGAGAUGCUGCGGCCCCCCAGACCAUUGUGUAGUAGAGGCGGCGUCAUUUUACUAUGUCUCCUCCCUGCCCUCAGUGAAGUCUGUGAAGGGAGGGGUCAGUGCAGCAAGGAGCUUGCUUUGCCCCAGAGGAGAGGGUGGAAUAUUCAAGGACACAUGAAGGCAGUUACUCUGCCUACCUUUUAAAACCCUUUCCUCCUGGGGAACAGGUUUAUUAUGUACUCUUAAACAGACUAUAUCCAUUUAUUCACUCCUAUAAAUAUUUGAGAAAAACCUACUAUAUGCCAAGCACUUUUCUAGGCAAAGGAAAUGCAAUAGCCCUUUCUUUCCAUAACUUCCAGCCUGGUGGGGAAUAAAGGAAUUAAAUAAGCAA